UAUGUUAAAAGAAGUUUUAACAGCAAAUUCUCAAGUAUAGCUCCCAGUUAAUUUAUAUCCGAUUAAAAUCAUGCAUAAUUUCCAUGAAUGCAUGCUUGCCUUUAAAAGGAUCAUUCCCUGAGCAUUAGGCUUUGUUGAAUGGCCAGUGGCUACAGUGUGCCCCUAUUUCUAGUUUGAGCACUUGUUCUUGCUAAUCUGUUCAAUGGCCAAUCAAAACACCCUCCUCCCUCUCUACCAAAAACUAUGGCUAAAACACACCUUUUCAAGAGCAAUGGAUUCCCUCAUCUUCCUCCUCCUUCUCAUCCUUCUCUCUUACCGUGUUUACUCCAUUAGCCACUAUUCUUUCCCUUGGUUUCUUGCAACCCUGUGCGAGUCAUGGUUCACCCUCACUUGGCUCACCACCAUUAGCACCAAAUGGACUCCUGCACGAACCACCACCCACCUAGACCGUCUCUUUCUCCGGGUAGGUGAGCUUCCACAAGUGGAUGUGUUUGUGACAACGGCAGACCCUGUGCUUGAACCAGCCAUCAUCACAAUCAACACUGUGUUGUCUCUUUUGGCUCUUGAUUACCCUGCAAACAAGUUAGCUUGCUAUGUUUCUGAUGAUGGCUGUUCUCCUCUUACCUUCUAUGCUCUUGUUGAAGCCACCAAAUUUGCCAAACUUUGGGUACCUUUCUGUAAGAAGUACAAUGUACAAGUUAGAGCACCGUUUAGAUACUUCUCUGAGGAUGCCACGGUUGACAAAAACACUGAUUUGCAAGAAUUUGAACAAGAAUGGUCACUGAUGAAGAAAGAGUAUGAACAACUUUGCCGUAAAAUUCAGAAUGCUAGCCAAAAAUCGAAUCCGUGUCCACUCGUUGGAGAGUAUGCAGUCUUCUCAAAAACAGAGCUGAAAAAUCACCCAUCCAUCAUUAAGGUAAUAUGGGAGAACAAAGAAGGGCUUAGAGAUGGAGUACCUCACUUAAUCUACAUAUCUCGAGAAAAAAGGCCACAACAUCCACAUCAUUACAAAGCCGGUGCUAUGAAUGUGUUGACAAGAGUCUCCGCGUUGAUGACAAAUGCUCCCUAUAUCCUAAACGUGGAUUGUGAUAUGUAUGUGAACAAUCCCAAGAUUGCACAACAUGCCCUCUGCAUUUUCUUGGAUUCAAAGGGAGAAAAAGAAGUUGCAUUUGUUCAAUGUCCCCAAAGAUUCUAUGAUACAGUAAAGGAUGAUGCUUAUGGAAAUCAGCUUGUAGCUUUGCCUAUGUACAUAGGUGGUGGAUUUGCAGGACUUCAGGGGAUUAUAUACGCAGGAACAAAUUGCUUCCACAGAAGAAAAGUUAUUUACGGUCUUUCUCCUGAUUAUGACAUUCAAAAUAUGAAGAAGGAUUUUGGUUUCAUUAAUGGAACAAAGUCUCAAAAGAAAACAAUGCAAAUAUUUGGAGCUUCAAGAGGGUUUGUUGAAUCAGCUAAACAUGCUUUAGAAGAGAUGACAUUUACUCCCAAUGAUAAGCUUUUCAAAUCUCUUGAGCUUAAAGCAGCGAACCAAGUUGCUAGUUGUGAUUAUGAAUACAGCACCGCCUGGGGUAAACAGGUGGGAUGGUUAUAUGGAUCAACAUCAGAGGAUGUACUCACAGGUCUGGUAAUGCACACAAAAGGUUGGAGAUCAGAAGUUUGUUCACCAGAUCCAAUGGCCUUCAUGGGCUGUUCACCUCAAGAUAACCUAGGUCAAAUGGGCCAACAUAAGAGAUGGUCCUCAGGCUUGUUUGACAUUUUCCUUAGCAGCCACUGUCCUAUUUUUGGCACUCUAUUUGGUAAGCUCCAAUUCAGAGAGUGCUUGGCGUACGUUUGGAUCACUAAUUGGGCCUUAAGAUCUGUGCCUGAAAUAUGCUAUGCCCUUCUCCCUGCCUACUGCAUCAUCACCAAUUCCAGUUUCUUGCCUAAUAAGGAACCCGGCAUGUGGAUCCCUACGAGUGUGUGUGUGAUGUACAACGUAGCUACUUUAUUGGAGCACUUGAUAUCAGGCUUGUCAGCAAGAACAUGGUGGAACAACCAGAGAAUGGGAAGAAUAACAACCAUGACUUCAUGCUUUUUUGGAUUUUUGGAUAUCGUCCUUAAGCGAUUGAGGAUAUCUGACACUGUCUUUGAAAUAACAAAGAAAGACCAACCAUCUUCCAAUGAUGAAAAUGUGGGAAGGUUCAUUUUCAACAAGUCUCCCAUUUUUGUACCAGGCACAGCCAUUUUGCUCAUUCAACUCACAGCACUAGUUAUCAGCUGGUGGAGGUGGCAACAAUCUCUUCUUAAGAAUGAGCGUACAUAUGGGCUAGGUGAGGUGUUUUGCAGUGCAUAUCUGGUUCUAUGCUACUUGCCUUUGUUGAAGGGAUUGUUUGCGAAAGGAAAGUAUGGAAUUCCCUUAUCCACAAUAUGCAAGGCAAUGGUGCUAGCUUUCCUAUUCGUUCAACUGUGCAAUGCCUCCGUUGCCAAUUGAUCAGAUUCAUUUGGUCCUCUUUCAUGUGUUCUAAUUCCUGGUUUCUUUGAAUUAUGUUCACAUUUUAAAACUGUAUGCUAUUGAAUUUUGACAGAACAUUGAAUGGCAACAAGUUAUACUAUUGGGAAGAUCUCCUACAAAAGUCAUCUAUUGAUUCUAUUUUUGCAAUUCAUGUCAAUGCAGUAAAAGGUUACGUAAUUAAGCUUCAUUUGGUCCUA